CGGGAAGUGCCAAGUGGGUCCCGGUGUUCGGAGAUAUCCUCGUCCGAGGUCGUAGGAAUUUACAUAUCAUUUGCAAUUCAAGACACUUUGCCUAAAUGCCCCCACAGUCAAGAAUAACAUGUUAUACAGCCUGGGCAAAUGUACGGUGUUCAUCACUUAGCCAUCAGCUUAACAAUGUCUUUACAGAUCUGUUCACGGACAUUCAUUUGAAAUCCUUAUUAGAAAGUUUUACUGGAGGGUCGCCCCAGAAAUUGAGCAGUUUGGCUCAACAUCAAACAAAGCGGCAACUUGUUCUACAAUUUAAGCUGUUCUUAGGAGAACUGCAGAAAGCUGGUAUCGUACCGCAGAAUUGUAACAUUGACUGUGGCCUGAUUUCCAAGAAAAACACCAAAUCCAUAGAUGACCUACUGUGGAAGUUGAUUGUACAUGAUAUUCAGUUCACUUGGGAACGGUCAAGCCAACUGCAGCUCGACAGUGACAAGCUGAUCUGCUCUGUCUGUUUCAAGUGGACACCAAUGGUUAAAUCAGUACUAAAGCAAACAAGAACACCUUUGUCCUUUUUUGCUGGUCUUGAAACUACACUAAACGAAGCAGAAAGGUCUUCUGUCUCUUCUCUGAUUGAAUCAUUUUCUUUGCAAGACAUCGGACCGUUUCCAGGUCGAGAGAUAGCUAAAGCCUUAAACAAGAAAAUCCCCAGUAAAGGCUGGAAUUACUAUCCUUCUGCUGUUGAAUGCAUUCUGGAUCUCAUUAAUACCCAUUUGCAGAUAGCAGCUAAAAGCUGUAAACUGCAUGCGAAAGAUUUCAACGGCUUGGCAGAUAGUCAUGAUUGGUGCUGUUUGGUGAAUUCCUUCAUGCCUGGCACAUUCAUCGUGGAACUACUUCCAGCUGACAGAUGGACUACAAAUCUUGCUUUAAGAACAAUGGAGGCAAUUAUACUUACAUCAACUUCUUUUACUUCACGUGAUCUACUUGAGGCGGACUCGAAGGCUCUCUGUGCCUAUAUGUGUGUUAUCUUUAUGUGUGGCUACAAGUUCAGACAGUCCAUAGCCGUUAUAAACUGCAUUAGAGAGUUGCAACAGAUAGCGAAUCUGUUGGCUGCAUAACUGAAAACCUUUCCUGCGGAAGAUCUGGAGCCAGACCAGUCCGCUCAAAAAAGUGACCUGGAGAAACGGCUAGAAGUGACGAAGAACGAGCUAAGCUGGCUUCAUGCUUCUUUUGAUGUACCAUUCUGUCAGAACUGGAGUGAGCAUGCGACCGAUGUCCAAAAACAGACCCAGGAGACUAUUUCUAAGAAAAUGACUGAACGAUUUGAGAUGGUUAUUGUUCCCAGGUAAUGGAUUACAAACUCAAGAGUAGCAUUUUAUUCUUUUUUCCUCUGACAACUAUUG